CCCCCGACCCGGAUGAAGCUGUUCCAGGUGACCAUUCCGAACGACCAGCAUCGCAAGGUCGUGACAGUGCUGCAAGACGACCUGAACUUGGAAAACGUCACAAGCAUCGAGGCUCGGACAUCGUCGAUUGUGUCCUUCCGCGUUGAAGACGAAGAGAUGCAAGGCGUGUUGACAGUGCUUCAGAAGCUCGGGGUGGGCGUCAAGUUUGGAUUCUGCGAUGUCAUGUCCCUUACUCCGGGCACGACCAUCUCGAAAGCCAAGAAGACGAAGAACGGGUCGUCGUCCAGGCCUCGGCGUGGCAUUCUACAAAAGUCCAGCGAUGUCGGUACUGCUAUCCCAGUCGCAGAGAUCUAUGCACAUAUCGAAGCGAGCACGACACUUUCCCGCGACUCGAUCGGGAUGCUCUUCAUCUCAUCGUCGAUUGCUGGCAUUGGACUCGCAGGAGACUCUCCCACCUGCGUCGUGGCGUCGAUGCUGCUAUCCCCCCUCAUGGGCCCUAUCCUCGGCUGCUCCUUUGGAUAUGCUAUCCGUGACCGCAAUAUGUUUCUAAACGGUCUCUCCAACGAGCUCACUGCUCUGGUGAUCACGCUGCUACUGGGCAUGCUCCUCGGCAUCGUGUUGGCGCCGUACGCGGACGACUUGAAGUGGCCGACGGCCGAGAUGCGUUCCCGUGGCCAGGCUGUGUCGCUCAUCUUCGGAGCGAUCGUCGCCGCGUUGUCUGGGGCCGGGGUCGCGCUCGCCGAGUCGAAUGCCAACAUUUCGUCGGUGGUGGGGACGGCAAUUGCGGCGGCGCUGCUUCCACCAACGGUCAACUGCGGGAUUAGCUUGUCAUACGCCAUCAUCGGCCCGCUCUUCCUGACCGACUACGAAGUGACAAAGAAGAAUGUGUUCUUUGAAAUCGCCGUGGGGAGUGCGCUGCUCGUGUGGAUUAACAUCAUCUUCAUCUACCUCUCGGCAGUCGUCGUGUUCAAGUUUAAACAAGUCGACAAAUUUGAACUCGUGCGCAACGUCGACGAGUCGACUUGGCAAAACCUGCCCAAGCUCGGGAAGACUCCCCGCAUGCGCGAUCACGGUCUGCCACCGAAUUUGUGUCGAGAGGACGUGUCUUCCGACGGCACGUCUUCUCCGGGGAUCCUGCCGGAGGUGUCCACCGUACAAGGGGACAGCGCCCACCACCUCGUCGACCUCCCGCCCCCCCUUCCCACCACCGCCAUGAAGCGGCGAAUACGCAGCGUCUCGGAAGACGACAACGACAGUCCGUUGGCAAAAUCCACAUUAAACGUGUCAGGCGUGUGAUGCGAUGGUCAUAUCAACCAAAGCAUGUCGACGUCACUCCCGAGUUGGCGGCCGUCGCGCGCCCUAAUUGUGUAACAAUGCUUUGCUAUCCCACA